AUGCCCAAGAAGAGCCACGGCAGCCUCCCCUCCGGGCUGGGCGAGCUGGUCAAGCUCCAGAACUCUGGCAUCCUGACCGCCGACCCGACCGCCCACCAGGGCAAGCGCGAGCGAAAAAAGCCGGAGCUGUUCGUGGCAAACGGCGAGCCUGACCGGCCAAAGCGUGCUGCGGAGGAGCCGCCGCCUCCGGCCGCUGCGGAGGAGGCCGCGCCGUCGGCUGCGAGCCAGGCGGCCGCACGCGAGGCGCCGCCUCCGGGCGGCCGCUCCAAGCCGGGCAAGGCGCGGAGCCGGCCAUUGGCCGCGCCUGCCGCUCAGGCGGCGGCGGCGCCACCGCAGCGCAAGCGGUCCGAGUCGGCCGGGCCGUCGGGGAGUGGCGAGGGCGCCGCCGACGAGGGCGCCGCCGGCCCCGAGGGCUCGGCGGUGCAGCGGCAGCGCUCGCGCCCGCGGGCUGAGGGACGCGAGCCGGCGCGCGAGGCGCGCGACGGCAAGCCGGCGCGCGGCGAGCAGCACCGGGAGAGUGCCGCCAAGCGGACGCAGCUGAUGCGCGGCCUCGAGCCGGUGCAGCAGCUCUUGAUGCUCGGCUUCAUCCCGGACGAGGCGGACGCCGACGUGUGGGCCGACUUUGGGACGCUCGCCAACGGCAAGGUGGAGAUUCGCCUGUCCAAGGUUCAGACGAUUGUCGGCGAAAACGCCCUUGGCCGCGGCCUGUUCGCGUGCCAGGAUUUCGCGUGCAACGACAUCAUCACCGUCUACGGGGGCGAGCUGAUCACCGACGACGAGGCGCGCGUGCGGCGCGACGCGCGGGGCUCGCAGUCGCACCGCUACCUGAUGCGCAUCUCCGACUCGGACUACCUCGUGGACGGCUGGCAGUAUGCGUCGGGCGUCUCAGAGACGCCGGGCGAGCACGGCGUCUUCCUCCCGACCAAGGCGCACGCGACGCAGUUCUCGCAGGGGGCCGGCCCGAUGGCCAACCACGAUAUUGGCCUCGGCGCCAACUGCCAUAUCUCGUACGUCCCGCUCGCGCGCUCGGAGGCUUUCCAGCUCUUCCCGCGCGUGCCGACGCUGCGCGCGAUCCGCGAAAUCAAGGCGGGCGAGGAGAUCAAGUUCAACUACGGCUCCGCGCUGCCCUUUUGCCCGCAGCCGUCGCUCUCGGUCACCGCGGCGGCCGAGGGCGCCGACGCCUCGACCGAGGACGCCGGGGAAUACCUCGAGCUCUCGCGCUACUGGUCAGACCUGGAGUGGGAGGCGGUGGGCGUGGACGCGGGCGUGCUGCGCGUCGCGCUGUCCGACCUGCGGACGGCGGCGGCGGAGCUCGCGCGAUACCGCGAGAAGCACGAGGCGCUGCAGCGCGUCGUCAAGCUGCUCGAGCCCAUCCCGUCGGACUGCCCGCUGGCGGCCGAGGCGUCGCGCCUCUUCGAGACCUUGCGCGAGCUGGCGGACCGCGUGCACCGCAACGUCAGCUCGGUGCUCCACAAGGAGACGGGGAAGGACCCACGCCAUGCGGAGUCGGAGCAGGGGCGGCAGCAGCAAAGCUUCAAGGAGGAGCUGCAGGCGAUGAGGCAGAUUAUGAAGGAGCGCCAUCAGGCGCUGCGCGCAGGGGCAGCGGCUGACGCGGCACCGCCGGCUCUCAGCGACUCGGGUGACGCGGCCGACGACGGUGCCGCGCCGGAUGGGGCCGAUGCAGACGGCGCGCCCGCAUCAAAGCGGCGCCGGGCUGCCCCCGCCAGCAGCAGCGGCGCCGGCGCCACGGCAGCAGCGAACCUCCCGCCGAACUGGAGUGUGGAGGUGCGCGAGGGGAGCGCGAAGCGGUACAACGUCUACCAUGGCCCAGCAGGGCUGCGGGCCGUCUCUGUGCCCGAUGCGUGGCGCAAGCAUCGCGGCGAGACCGAGACCGCGCCGGAGCCCGCUGCUGCCGCGCCCGCGCCUGCUGCUGAUCCCGCGCCGAACUCCGGGCGCAUCCGCCGGCGCGACAUCGUCGAGCCCUUCGCCGGGCCGGUGCCAAAGGAGCUCUGCGACUACAACCGCGCGCCCGUGCCGGCGAGCGGGCUGCAAGAGGAGGCGGUACUUGCGGCGCCCGCAGCUGCGGCCUCCAAGGCGGUGCUCGCACCCGCACCCGCACCCGCACCCGCUCCGGCGCCGAGCUCCGGGCGCAUCCGCCGGCGCGACAUCAUGGAGCCGUUCGCCGGGCCGGUGCCUAAGGAGCUCUGCGACUACAACCGGCCCGGCCUCUCCCUUCUCGCAGACCAGGACGUCAGCAUGGCAUCCCUCGCUGAGCAGUCUGGUGUCGCGCCCGCCGUGGCGAAGCAGCCGGGCGCAGGCAAGGCCUCGAUCGAGACCGACGCUCCGGCGCCCGCCGGGGAGCCCAGGCGCGUCGAUCUCGCCCGAGAUGGGCGCGGUGGUGACGACGAUUGCGCCAUCAUGCUGAGCACCGCGCCCGUCCCCGAGACGUUGCCGGAAGCGGGCACAGACAACAUGUCCUCCCUUGUCGCCAAUGCGUUUCAGCGCUUCCGUACCACUACGCAAGGCAAGCAGCUGCCUCCGCCGCCGCCGCCGCCACAGCCGCCAUCCGCCGUCCUUAGCACCGCCGCAGCGCCGGAGACAGAGCAGCUUAGGUACUCGAAGAUGCAGCAGAAGAUCAACAUGCAGCAGCUACAGCAGGUUCAGUGCCAGAUCCAGGGAUUACGCGAGGAGCGGGACGCGCGGGCGUGCGAGGUCCAGCGGGUCGUGCAGCUGAAUUGGGUCGGCGGGUUUGGUGAGAUGCAUCAGCGGAUCGCACACGAGCAGUCGAUGAUCAACAACGACUACGUGCUGCGGCAGGGCAUGCUAGAGCGGACGGCGCGCCAGCUGCAGGAGCGCGUCGCUUGCCUUGGGCGCGACAUUGCGUCACUCGAGGCAGGGAGGCUCUCCGGAGGCGCUGAGUCACACGCGACGCGAUCCGGCGGCUUGGCGGGGCCGCAGACAACGAUUCGGACGCGCGUUUCGCAGUUCGAGCGCCGAUUCCUCCUCGCCCGCCCCCAGCCUUCCGCACCGAGCAGCUUGCAGCGUGUCGAGGAGGAGAGCGGCGCGCGUCUUGACGUCUCGUCGGCGUCCUCGGACAGCCACGUCGAGAUCCUGAUUUCCGGCUCGCACUUCGCUGUCGGGCGAGCGCAGACAGCGCUGCACUCCCUCAUGCGCGGCAUGGCCCGAGCGUCGCUGCGCAAGGGGCAGGGGAUGCAGUCGGACACCAGGCAGGCGGCGAGCGGUCCGCCGCGACUGGAUCAGGCGAGUGCGCAAGAAGUCGUCGCCUUUGCAACAAAGGAAUCGGGGCCGAGAUCGGUGCCGCCGCCGCCAGCUCCGCAGCCGCCGCCGCCACCUCCGCAGCCGCCGCCGCCGCCUCCGCAGCCGCCGCCGCCGCCGCCGCCGACAUCUUCUCCUGUGGAUGCGGCCAUGGACAGCGGGGCGGACGCAGUGAAGGGCGUCGAGGCGGCCGCGCCGGGCGGCGUGGCGGCACCGGCGGGCGGCGAGGUGGCAUCGGCACCGGCGGGCGGUGAGGCGGACGCGGCGGGCGGUGAGGCGGACGCGGCGGGCGGCACAGUGGCAGCGGCGGGCGGCGAGGUGGCAGCGGCGGGCGGUGAGGCGGACGCGGCGGGCGGCACAGUGGCAGCAGCGGGCGGCAAGGUCGAGGCGGAGGGUGGCGACGCAGCUGAGGCGGGGUGCUACUCGCCGCGCGCCGACCAGGCGCCAAUGGGUACGGAGACGGUGCGCCCGCUGUGGUCGCUCCCGCUGCGGCAGCAGGCGUCAGCGACGCUGAGGCCGCCGCUGAGCUGCUCAAGGCGACGCGGCGAGUAA